UGCCUCUCUCAUCACUCACAGACCGACUGAGCAAGCACCCGGCUGGAAACUGAGAGGAAAUACAAAACUUUACCGACUCAAUUCGCCGCUUCUGAUAGGUUCGUUUUGUUUAAUUCAACAUCAUGAAGGAAAGGAGACUCACGCAGCCGUUUGUCGCCAGGUGUAAACUGGUGCUGGUCGGGGACGUCCAAUGCGGUAAAACAGCGAUGUUACAAGUCCUGGCCAAAGACUGCUAUCCAGAGACUUAUGUUCCUACUGUGUUUGAGAACUACACAGCCUGUUUGGAGCUUGAAGAUCAGCGUGUUGAGCUCAGCCUUUGGGACACAUCAGGCUCCCCAUACUACGACAACGUGAGACCCCUCUGCUACAGUGACUCAGACGCCGUGCUUCUAUGUUUUGACAUCAGCCGUCCAGACACAGUAGAGAGUGCCCUGAAGAAGUGGAAAGCAGAGAUCCAGGACUUCUGUCCCAGCACACGGAUCCUAUUAAUAGGCUGCAAGACAGACCUGCGCACAGACGUAUGCACACGCAUGGAGCUGUCCAAUCAGAAACAGACACCCAUCUCCCACGAACAGGGGUCGUCCUUGGCGAAGCAGUGUGGAGCAGAGACAUACCUGGAAUGCUCCGCCUUCACAUCAGAGAAGAGCAUCCACAGCGUUUUCCGUACUGCGGCUCUGGCCUGCAUGAACAAACUACAGCCUGCUGAGAAACCAAGCCCCGUCCGCCGCCUUUCCAAGAGACUCCUACACCUGCCAAGCAAGACAGAGCUCCUCUCCUCCACGUUCAGCAAAGACAGGUCCAAGAGCUGCUCCAUCAUGUGAAUACUGCUGAGAUCCAGCUGCAAGUUUAAAAAAAAAAAAAAAAAAAGCAAAAAAAAAAAAAAAAAAGGCAAGGGCAAGCAGGUUGCAGAUGGUUCAACUGAGUGUGUAAAGUAAAGAGAGUCUCAAAUCUCUUUCUCUUCUUUGCAACACCCAACUCUCCAUGAACCAUUUUCUACACAAUAACCAACUCUGACACUGAACUUUCCGUCAUGAUUUAUCACCAGCACACAGUGCAGAGACUGACUGAACAAAAUCUAAUGUUGAAAUAUGUGCAAUCAGUUAAAUACACCUCUACAUGAGGGGCAUACCUUGCACUUUAAUGUAUUGCUUCCUCUCUUAAAGGUGGCUGUGAGUGAAGUAAGGUCAGUGCCUCGUCUAUUCUGCAAAGGAAAGUGGUUGUAAACACUGCAUCUGACCACAUUACCCUGAUGAGACCCAUAUGAAAUUCUUAUGGAUCCGCCCUCUCCCAUCCAUCUCUUUAGCUGAAUGUCUCCUUAAGGUCACGAUGCGGGCUGAGCCAUAAGAUGUAAAUCUGACAGUGACAGUAUCCACAGAAAUGCAGCUUGGUAGAAUUCACAACAGUGACCCUUGAAAAUCUUAUCCCUCGCUGACCCCUCAAUGUUUUCUCAUCUGGAAAUUAGAGCUGACAGUGAAGAAAAGGGAAGAGAGAGAAAGGAGGGAUUUGGCAAGUGGGAGCAGUCAUUUGCAAAGACAGUGGGAGGGUGAACAGAGGGCGCAUCUGAAGCAGCACGAUGUGACUCAGCACUUGCAUGAGCCACCGAAAAGUAGUCUAGGGUGGACGUGUUGUGACAAAAAUACACACAAAGGCCUGGCCCAUUCAAGGACUGUCCUAGCAUGUUUCCGACAGAUCAGACACCCAUCACCACGGCAGUGUCAACUUUCAGUGUUAUAAACCCUGAACCAUACGGCUUAAUAAUGUGAAAGGAAAGAUGAAUCCAGUCACUGUCUCUGCUAAAAUGAUCAGCUUUGAAGAGUAAAAAAAAACUGUUUUCUUUUUACAAAAUUUGAACUAGAAUUAUUAUUUUUUUAAAUGUUCCUAAUAAAGUGUUAACAUCUUUGUUUUUAAUUCCUUUUCCUCAUGAUUGUAUGAAGGAAAAUAGUCCUCAGUUUUGAGCUGUAAAUGUGUCACCACACUUCAACUGUUUUUGAAUUUGUCAACAGUUAUUCAAAUUUCAACUGUUGCCAUUUCCAGGAUUGCCGCAUAAACACUCAUUUUAACUUGAAAGGUGAAAGUAGAGUUGAAUCACAAACAGGCUGGUCCUGUCUGGAGAGAGUUUUUUUUUUCCUUUCUCUUUUUAUGCAUUGAAAAUAUCUUGGUCUAUUUUUUUGCAAUUUCUCUAAAAGUUUCGAGUCAACGUUUUGUCCAGUAUUAAAUGGUUUGUUGUUUUCUUUUCUUGAUGUUUUUACUUGCUUGUUGGUGUUUUUUUUUAGUAGCCGUUGUUCAAGCAUUCACUUGAGUCUUCUGGCAUUAGCAGCUGUUGACAGCUCAGCUAAUGGAGGACUUGAUGAUUAGUGGGUCUGCACCAAGGAGCCCUGAAUCCUCUGGAUGUACCAACACUGGAAUUUAAGGUGUUGCCUAGCAACAGUGUGAGAAAGGGAGGGGGGGGGGGCAGGCCUGAAGUUCACACCUAAUAGAGAGAGAGGGAGGGGCGGCUCUCCGAGAGGGCGCUUCACCUUUUAUUUGUAGCAUUAGAGGGAAGCCACUGCGAGGCUGACGGGCUGGACAUCGCAGCGAGUAGCGACUGCUUGGGCUCUCUGGGUGACUUUUAAAGACCCCCCUGGUUGGAGCCACGAGUGGGUUGUUGAAAACAGCAUGCAAUCUAAAACAUGCCUCUGUAGCUCAGCUUCAGUCAUUAUUUCUUACUUUUCAUUCCUGUCUGGUGCAUUGUGCUUAACAAGCUUACUUUGGUUCAAUAAGCAGCUGUCAGUUCAGUUUCUUCUGCUUGGUUUUUGACAGUUUCUUUUUUUUUUGUACAUAUCUUUCCUCAUAAAGCUGUUCAGUAGAAAUAAUGAAAGAGAAUGUUACUGAAGCAAAAACACAAUGCCUGUGUGAAGUUGCCUUUGAUGGCUUAAAUUAUGGAGUGAAUUCUGUAUUUGUUAAUGUCGACUUCUUUCUUUUAACCUUUAUUUAAAUAAAUAUGUCUGAAAUUCA